GGGUGGGGGGAAAGGAGCGCAGUGAUCGCCGCAGUGCUCUGAGAACAGUGGAGAGUCCAUAUAAUGUUUAAAGUUUCGCAUGAAACCGUCCAUAAACAGCGUGUGGAACUUUAUUUUCUAUUUAUAUGAAAGUUUUUAUUUAUAUUUAUGGAAAUAUUCUGACUGCUCUCCCACUCCCGCUUUCUCUUUAAGUGUCCGGAGUAGCGGGGUUGGUCAGUGCGCGUGCAGGCCUGAACCGAGAGUGCGCGCGGAGGGGAGGAGACGUGCGUUGUGUUUUGAUGCUGCGGGCUCAGCAGCGUCCACGCUUUAUCUUCGUAAUUUCUGGGAACAUCCUUAAAGCGUGUCGUUUAAACGUUCCGCGCUGUUUUAGGGUGGCUAAUUAAGCCUGUCGCCGGGAGUCAUGCGGAGCUCCGAGCUCACGUAGUCCGGGGUCUGGUGCGGGAGUGCGGGGGGAGAGCAGGCGCAGCUGUCCGUGCCUGCGCUUGCCUGCAGGGCUGGAAGAAUUCUGACGCUAGUUUAGAUAGUUUAUAUAGUUCUCUGGGUUCUAGUACAGUAGCUACCAGCUGUAAGAGAUGCCUCUAAUCAGUCUGGACGACGACGAGCCGCGGUGGGUUCCUACGCACGUGAAUGUGACCGUGAUUCGCGCGCGGGGUCUGCGGACCAAGGGCAAGCAGGGGAGCCGGUACGUGUACACGGUCAUCCAGGUGGGGAAGGAUAAGUACACCACAGGCCUGGUGGAGAAGGCCCUGGAACCCGAGUGGAACGAGGAGUGCAGCUUCGAGCUGCUGCCCGGGCUGCUGGAGGACCAGGGGGGCUCGGUCAGCGCCUACGCGCCCGGGAGCAGCAGCCUGGUCCUGACCGUCAUGCACAGAGUCCUCAUCGGUUUGGACGUGUUCCUGGGCCAGGCUGUGUUACCGCUGGAUAAAGCGUUCCGGGACGGAGUGUGUCCCAGAAACGAGUGGCUGAAGUUGCACUCUAAAGUAGGGAGGAAAGAGAAGGAGCGUGGGGAGCUGAUGGUCACUGUCCAGUUCACCCGCAACAACAUGACCGCCAGCAUGUACGACCUGACCGUCAAAGACAAGCCACGCUCAGCCUUCGGCAAGCUAAAGGACCGUGUCACUGGCAAGAAGAGAGCAGACGUGGAAUCCUCCUCAGCAAUUCUGCCCGGCCGAUACGCCGCCCUGUCCAGCUCCACCAGUCAGUCUCUGCAAGAGAAUGGCGGUGAGGGGGUUCCUGUUGUAGAGGACUGCAGUGAUGAGCGAAGGAGCAAAGUGAAGGAUUUCUUCCUGAAAGGAAAACUGCGUAAGAACUCAGACACACGCUCCUGCUCAUCUCUCGCCUCAGAGAGCAGCAUGGCGUCCUCUACUGGGGAGCCGUUCGUUCCCAUAGAGCUGUGCAGCACACCCAUCUACAGCAGCAGAGUGAUGGAGCCAUUCCGUACAGACACUGAUGGAGAAAUAAAAGUGAUGACGCACAAGCGGGCGUACAGCGAUGAGGCCAGUAAAAUCACAGCUGCUUCACGGCCCUGUCCGGCUGUGGAGAAUCUGAAAGGCCAGAACUCGGUUCUGUCUAAGUCCACUUUGUGCAUCAAUGGAAGCCAUGUCUACUCCUCCGAGCCUGCCUGUGCCAAAAGCCCUGGUGGCUUGCCGGUCAAGCGCACCCUGCUGGAGAAGUGCUCGCCGCUCUCUCGCUCUCUGCAGAACAUCACCCGCCGAAGUGAGGACCCUCAGAAGGCCGAUGGGAGACGCUGGUCGAUCGACAAAGGAAAGAAGGAGGCUGAGGCAGAGGCGUCUACAGCCCAAACCCAGGCAGCCACCACUUCGGAGGGAAAACCAAUCCUAGCCACUGCUCCACUGGUGGUGGCCUCUGGGGGUGCAGAGGGGUCAGAUAAGGGCAAGAAGUUGAGGAAGACUCUGUUCUCCAGUGGCAGGAGUGACUCUCUUCCUGCAAAGGCAGAGCAGGCCUCUGGCCCUCAGGAGGGACGACUGCGUGGCUGGUUUGGCUCCGGUGAUGCCCAGAACAAGCCAAGGCUGGGAGUCUCUCCUAAAGUAGAAAGCAGCCCAGACCCAUCUUGCCCUCUCUCUCCCUGCUUUCCCGGCCCAACACCAGACACUCUCCCCCUUGAUACUGCUACUGGUCAGAUGUCGCCCCCUAGUGUCAUCCAUCACUCCAACCCAUUCACCCACCCUUCCCCUCCACCCACCUCCAUCUCCCCUUCUAACCCUUUCCUUACACGUCUGCAGAGGAACCCGUUUUUUGAGGAUCUCAUAGCCGAAGAGGCUUUGAAAUCUCCUACUGAAAUGUCGUCCUACUCUAGCCUUCCUCAUGCCCAUUACCCAGGAUUCCUGCCCAGGCCUGGUCGCUCAAGUCCAGCCAGUGAGGGCUCACCAAGCAGAAUGUCUUCCAUCAAAAGAGAGCGACCUCGGAGUGUUGCCAGACAGAGAUCCCUCCCUGCCUUAAUACCUGGGACAGAAGAGGCAGCCAUUGUGAAUGAAAAUAAUAUUAAUGCCAAUUCAAGCCGUCUUGUAUCUGAGAAUAAAGGGGAGACGGAUGAUUUUGAGGCCUUUGCUACUAGCCGCCUGAAAUCACCAGUGGGGACUCCCACUAGACCAUCCUCAGGCUCAUUUUCAUCCUCAUUACCAAGCCAUAAUCCAAUAGAACAGAGUGAUUUCCAGCCAAAUAAUGGCACUAUGAUCGACAACCCUAACCAAGCCGACUGGGACCUGCCUCCUUUACCCCCAAGAAAACUCACAAGGACCCCAUUCGCAGGAGAGAGGCGAGACAGGCCCUCAGACAGCUGGCUAGACCGCGGACAAGAGUUAGCUGUCCAGAAAGAAGCGAGUGUGCUUUUCCAGACUGACUUAGCCUCACUACAGCACACUAGAGAUACAAACACCAGAGUCUCCCCUGUAAAUAAAGAGUCUAUUAUGUACUUGCACUGUGCUGCUCUGGAGCAGAAUUUGAAUUUGUGUCCGCCGUCACUUACUCCGCAAAUGCCCACAGAUGGAAAUCUCAAUGUUUUAAAACUAGAAGAUGGGAGCUUUUUGACUGAGGGAGGCAUCGGUCCUAAUCUGAUAAGAAGUCCUGCUUCUGAACCUGUGCCAAACGCCCCUAUGUUUGGACUUGCUGGGAAUGACACAGCAAACUCAAGUCAAAACUGUUUGUAUGUAGGAGUACAGAGAAGCUCUGAAAGUGAUCGCACUGUGCCGAAUACACCAUAUUGCCUCUCUGACUGUGACACAACUGUGAGCGAGUCUCUAUGCAGUUCCUUUCAGAACUUUCCAAAGCCCGAGACCUCCUGUGAGGUAAACUCGAAGCCAAAGACAACUUAUGAACAAUGGGAUGAGAACAUUGCUACCAGUGGAGACAUCACUGCGCGUGCUCUUCCUGCUCGGGACUCCAACAAUAACACAAACGAUACUUCACAGUUUGCUUUUAUUGAUUCUGACAAUUCACUUUCAGAUGUGAUCCAAGGUACCUUUGGAGCAACUAAUAACAGACAAGAGAUCAACAAAGCAUUGCUGCAGUGCCAAAACUUUGCAGCCUAUUCUCCCUCUGGGAACGAGUUUUCAGUAUGCAGGUCUUCCCCAGGGAUCCCUGAAGAUUUGAUUAACAGAAUGACUACAGAGUUGGACAUGUUUUCCCCAAAGACGACAUUAGAGACAAAUGAUGAUGAUAAAUAUCAUACAUUACAGCAAGCAUCUUUUUUUGAAGGACCUUGUGGCAGUUUAGAAGGAUGUGACAUGAACAAGACCCACCCCAAAGAGUGUGUGAAGGAUAUGAAAGACGUUUUUUCAGUGCUCAUCUCCCCUCAGCCUCCUUUAGAGUUGAAUCUGAGAGCUGAAUCAGAGGGGUCUGGUUACAAAGACAGCUUUGUGGCUCCACAAACUGCCUCUGCACUCAACAACGAUGACGGCAGUGCGACGGCACAGCCGAAACCUGAGGCAGCGCACCACAAUGCAGGCUUAGAUACUGCACACGAGGGUGGAGGCUAUCUGAGUAAUGAUGAGCUUAAGACUGGAACAGCUGAAGUGGAGACUGAGGGAAAGAACUGUGAAGUUCCUUUUUCCAGAACAGGGAAGUCAUGUUUGACAAACAACCUCAGUUUUGAGGAGUUUCACGCCCAAGUAGCACCAAGAAUCUCGAAAAGUCCUUUAAAAGCCAAAACUGAAGUAAGGUCUGCACGCAUCAGAACGAGUUCAGCCACAAACUCGCCCAAAAUGGAGUCCUCUACAAUCCCAUUCACAUCUAGCCCUGAAAGAAACUCAACCAAACCUUUGCAUGGUUCUGCUUCUUCAUUCUCUCGUCCACCGACUGAUACUGUGUCUGACCCCAUCACUGCUCUUGACCCUGUUGCUGACCUUGACCCUGAGUUGACCACUCUUUCCUACCCCACAACCCUGAGGCCCGGCUUAGGAAGCCCUGCAGCCACAGCCCACUCCUUCUCCUCCACAGCUCAGCCACAGGUCGCUGCACAGCACACGCUUUUCCCUGAGGAGGCACAGCCAGCUAGCAGCCUCCCUCCCCCUGAGGAGAGCAGUCCUCACCCAGUGAAGCCCCUGACCAACACAGCAGCGCAGGGAGAGAAGAAAUCAGAGGGGCGAUCAGUGCUGGAAAAAAUCCGCUCUUCCAUCCACCCAGGACGCUCCAGUCAACAGAGCUCAGCUGAACCGGAUAAAACACAGGAGGUGUAUAUGUCAGAGGCUCGGGCUCAUUACCAAACUCUGACCAACAUGGAGCUGAUAGCUCUGCUGCUGCAGCAGGAGAUUGAGGCGGAGCGUCAGCGGGAGGAGUCUGAGCUGCAGGCCACGCUGCUGGAGAAGCGUGAAGCUGAGCUGAAGAAGAUGAAGGUCCAGGUUCGGGAUCUUGAGGACUAUAUAGAUAAGCUGCUAGUGCGCAUUAUGGAGCAAACGCCCACCCUGCUGCAGGUACGCGCCCGGCCCAAAUGAGGCGCACGCUUCGGCGGACAUUACUCACCUAUACGUAGUCCUCCAUCCUGAGUCACUUUACUGCCCUGCUCACCAAGACACAGUUAAAGGAAUACUCCAGCAUCUUUCAUCCUAAUCUCCAUCUACCUACAUCUGCAGCCCAAUUCAGUGCAUUUUUCUGGACUAACAAAUAGACAUGCAUGCUGUUAACUUCCAAAUCACUUAUUAUAUUAGCCAAUGAGCAGGUACAGUUUUGCAUCAUUGGGUUUUCUAUUCUUUUCUAAGUACAAGGAAUUUAUUGGCCAUGAUAAUCAACCAAAUGCUACUGAUGCUGCUGGUGGAGAUUUAUCUGAACAAGGGCAGAGUAUUCCUUUAAGCUUUGCAUGCACAAUGCUAGACAUGUAGGUCCAAAGUCAUUGAAAGCUUAUUGAAGCAGUGGCUUUAUCAUGCUUAAUCCAAAUAAGAAAUGCAAUGAGAAACAAACUCCUGCAUCUUUAUGUUGCCUUUGUAGACAGCAUUGCUGUUAGGGUCUUUAUCAUUUAUUUGCACUGGGAACUGCAAAAAGGAAGAUGCUACAAAUGCUAAAACAGUAUUUUUCCAAAGUAGUGUUGCCUAUAUGUUAUAUUGUAGAAUUUAUAUUAUGUCAGAUGCUACAGGUGCAUUUCCAACACUGCCUACAGACCAGUAGCUUUUAUUGUUAUUGGCACAAGCACUUGACAAAAUUUCAAUUUUAAGUCAUAUUAAGAUGUUAAUUGAAUAAAGCUGAACAAAGAAGGAUAAAUAUGUGAGAAAAGUCUCAACAACAGUCCUUCAUCCUCACUAGAGCUUUUAAUUCAAAUUUCUGGUCUUCCAGAAAAUAUGUUUGUUAUAUAAUAGUUUUAAGUCCAGAAUUGGGCCAUGGUUCCCUGUAGAACGUGCUUGUGGAUUAAAGCAAAAUAUACAAGUAAAGGUUCCAGAAAUGUUAAUGUUCUACAACGUCAUGUUUUAAGAGCUUAUGCACAAAUUCAAAGAAAAGGAAGUCUACAUUGUAUUGUUGGUAAAUAAUCCAGUUGUGUGCUUCCUAGAGUUCAAGUUAAGAAAUACUCAGGUUGGUACAAAAAUAAAAAAAUCCUGUAAUUUAAUUCUGAAGAUAAAAAAAGAUUUUGUCUCACAUGGGACUUAAAAAUAAAGUUCUGGGUUAUGCACUUUUAUGCCUGUAAAUACUGCUUUAUCUGAGAUUACUUUCAGAGACACCUUAUAUUGUAUUAUGCAAAAAAAGUUGAUGCUUACAGUAGACAGCUUUGCCAUAAUAGCGCAGUUAAAUGGAAGCAUGCUUAUCAUUGCUAUUGAGCACUUGCACAAAAGACAAAAGGCUGUAAAAAGGCCUAGAGGUGUAAGCUAUGCAAUACUACAUGCUACAUUGUAUCUGAAGUUACACAGUUAUGUAAAUCACAUCGCUAUUGACUUUAACAGCCAAUCACUGCAGAUAUGCAAAUAUAGUAAUCAAGCUUCUUUUUCCUUUUUUCACUAAGCAGUAAGAGUAGUCUAUAUAUUCUAAUUGAACAAGAAUUAAACUGAUGACUGAUUUACUUCCAAGGACUUCUUCCUAUUGUUCAAAACUAAAUAUAUUAAAGAAAUGUGUUAAUGUUUUAUUGUCUUAAAUGCAGUAUUACCACUCAUCUGUUCAAUUGCCUUACAGUUGUUUGAAAGUAUUCAUUCAUUCCUUUUUUUUUCAUUUAAAGCAUUGAGCAACUAAGCAAUGAAGCGUAAUUACAAUGCAAUGACUGUAUCGGUAUUACUGAAUGUUGAAGAGAUUGAACAAGUUUAUGGUUGGCACAACCCAAAGUGUACUGAAAGAUUGUUGUUUUUAUUUGUCAAAUUUGUUGGAAACAUAUUUUUUUUCUUUGGUUGUUUUAUUAUAUAUUUUAAUCAGCAGCACAGUUCCAAGUGUUGAAAAUAUUUAAAUGUUUGCCACUCCUGUUGUCAGCUGGCCUUACUGAAAUGGUCUACUCUACGGAAUGUUAGAGCUGAUGCCAUAGAGCACUGUGAUAGAUGAUUCAUCUGACACUUCAUUCUGUGCAGUUUGUUACUUGGAUAUCAUUUACAAGGCAUUUUAAUUUGUGUUUUAUCAGGUUUUUCUUAUUUAUUUCCUGUGAUUUUGGUUUCAAAAAUACAUAAGAAAUAAAGUUGUAAAUACCUCAUUUCA